AUGGACCCUAGCCCCGACGCCGAUAAUUCGGCGCCGACUUCGGCUGACUUCCCUCUUCGUCACUCAAUGGGUCGUGGUCUCAGCUUCACUCUAGAGUGGGACGAUUUCUUAGUUCUUCGCAACCACAAGAAAGAGUUCAACGACCGAUGUUUGGGUUUCGGCAUCAGGACCUCAAUCCGGCACAUCGACCCGCAAACAGGUAAAGGGUAUCACCGCGACGAGGCCGUCCGCGUGCUAAAGUUCUUCCGCACGGUUGUCCAGGCCGAGCUGGGGCGUCCCGGUAGGAAGUGGGACGGGGCGCCGCCAUCACAAGCAGUGGUGGAGGUCAGGCUGGCCGACUGCGACCACCCUAUCCGCGAUGUGGCGGGAGGAGCGGCGAGCAACGGCACAGGGGCUGCAUCGGCAUGCAACGGCACGGCGGCUGCAACGGCAAGCAACGGCACAGCGAAGGAGAUUGCUGAUGUGGCAACAAGCAAGCCGGAAGCUAAAGAUGGAGCGGCCAGCCUCAAGACGUACACGGUGGGCUCCAAGGCAACGCCCAACCUGUGGCACGCUCGCCUUGGACACGUCCACUUCGAUGCGGUGAAGCGGACAGCCACGAGCGGUGGCGUGUUCGGUAUGGACCUGGAGAAAGGAGGUGAGGAUAUGCCGUGCACUUCCUGCCAUGAAGCCAAACUCACUCGUCAAACGCUUCCGCUGCCUGACGAGCGAGAGGGGGAGGUUCUUGGGAUGGUCCAUGGCCCUGGGCAGAAUCAACCGCCGUCACGUACCGUCAUCAUAAUCACAGUGCCGUCCGUGCAAGGGGGCGAACAACCGUUUGAUCGUUCAGUUGACCCUGCGGGCAGCAACGCAACCAUGGCUCCACCAGCUCUCUGUCCAUCCUUAGCUGCUGGCUUGGCACCUGUGGGACCAGAGGUUGGUCCCUCUGUGGAUGAACGUCGUGCAGCUGAUGAAGACAAGGAAGGAGAGGCAACGGACCUGAAAUCGGCGGCAACCCAUGGGAAGGACCCCAUACCCACGGUUCCGCCCCUCCAGCCCACUCCCCCACCCCCAUGUCAUUCUAGCAGGUCCAACAAGGGUAUGCCACCUGUUCGGCUUCCCGCAUCCACCAUGACGGCCUCGGAUGCGGUUGAUGGCAACAACAUGUACGGCAUUGCAUUCCUUGCUCGAGGUGCUUAUGGCACGGACAUCUACUAUGAUGUGGAGUACUUGUAUGAGGUUGAUAAGGAGGAAGGGGGAUUGGGGAGCGUCAUCAUCAACCUCGGAGUAACCUUGACCGGACCUGAAGGCAAGGUGGUGGACAAAGGUCUCCUCGUGGUGGAAUACAUAUCAUCCACGGAAGGCUAUCUUGGUCUGCAGAUUGUGCGCGACCGCCCCAACAAGACACUCCUCCUGCACGAGAAUCCAUAUGUGGCGAAGGUGCAGCAGCGGUUCUUCAAGGGGGCGCCACCGAAGAAGCAGCCGAUCACCCCUCUCUCCUCUACCAGCUUUGUCAUGGAGGAUGCUGAGCUGUUUGCCGAUCGCAGCAUGACCGACCGCCUUGCAGCAGUGGACCGUUUCCUGCAAUCUUUGGUGCGUUGGAAUCGUGCUUCUGAGCUCUAUCAAGCUGCUAUAGUAGUGGAAUUCUACAACAGCAUGGUUGAGUACGUCGGCAAGGUCAUUGCCGUAAAACGCACUGCGGCGCCGACUUCUCAAGCCGCCGGACCCGCCGACAGUGCCAUUGAUGACGACGGCGCGGAAGGACAGAAGGCGCCCCAAGGUGCAGUUGCCGCCCAGCAUCAGGGGAACGCGAGGGUGCAUGGGGAAGGUGGAAACGGUGGAGGAGGAGGCGACGCAGAGGCAGGUGCAGGAAGGUUGGAAACGGAGUCGUCGUCGUCGGAGUCGGAGUCAGAGUCGGAGUCGGAGGAGGAGGACGAGGCGGUGAAGCGUAAGGUCGAGGAGGAGGAGGAGGAGGAGGAGGAGGAGGAGGAGGAGGAGGAGGAGGAGGAGGAGGAGGAGGAGGAGGAGGAGGAGGAGGAGGAGGAGGAGGAGAAGGACGAGAAUGGUAAGAAGGGGGAGGGAGGGAAGGAUGAGGAGGGGGGGGAUGAAGAGGUGGAGCUCGUGGUGGAGUAUAUAGAGGGUACGGUUGAGGCGGGAGCGGCGGAAGAGGAGGUGGGGUCGGCGGAUCAGGGGAAGGAGGAAGAGAAGGAUGACGAUGCGGGAAAUGCAGGGUCGGCGGAUCACGGGAGGUCGGCAGAUGUGGGGAAGGAGAAGGGCGAGGUCGGCGUGGAGGCAACGACAGGAAAGGGCCAGGAGGAGGGGGCCUGCGAGGGAGGUGGGAAGGUGUCGGUCGACGCCGGCGAAGGGGCGAACAACAUGGGCGUGCAGGAGUCCGGGGAAGCACGUGGUCGGCAGGGCCCUGAACUGGAUGAUGUUGAGGAGCUGCGACGGGAGAACUGGUUGUUGCGGGCGGAGAACGCUCGGCUGGCGACGUUGCUCGAUGCGGAGCGGGCUCGGCUGGACAGGUUUUUUGUUGGGGUACAUGGACUCGUCGACCACGUGAAAGGGUUGGCCGAGCAGGUCGACGACACCGAGAAGUAUGCGGCGGAACAGCUGCGAAACGCGAUGGAGGCCAUGUCGAAGACCAUCACGGGCAACAUCACCGGCAGCUUCGACGAAGCGUGGAUGUCGAUGAAGACCUUCGCGGAACAGGCGACGGAGUGGUUGGAGGACUUCGACAAUCCGGAGGGUCGUGUCGCGUAUUCACGCGCGUUAGCGGUCUCCGCCUUGGCCGACCACGUAGAUUCGGUGGUGGGCGAUGCAAAGAAGGGGUUGGAAGAGUACGUAUCGAACCACCUUGCCUCCGCGCAGGUCAACAUCGCCACCGCUGUGACCUCCAGGCUCGCCGUGCCGCCGCCGCCACCGCCUCAUCCCACGCCGCCCGCCAUCCCGGAAGAGCUCUUGAAGUCGUUCAAGGCCGACAUCAUGAAGGCGGUGACGGAGGCCACCCAGCAGUCUUUCGUUGCUUCCGGGAUGAAGAUGAUGACCGAGAUGAUCGGCACUGUGGCGCCUGGUCGACAUGGGUCGUCGCCUUCGGCCAAUGACGCCGAUAACGCGCAAAGGAAGACGGCCGACAAGCAGGGCCAUAAGAGGACGGGCGACGGAGACGACAAGGAGAGCUCGAAGCGGAGCAAGGGAGCGGACGGGAGCCGCGGGUCGAAGCCUGCUGCACAGAGCGUGGUCGACCAGCUGAAGACGAAGGCGGGGUGGAAGGUGGUAAGGACGUCGCACAGCAAGGGAGGCGGAAGCGGGGGGGCAGAGGGUGGCCGUGCCGACGGGGUUGCCGCUAACGUAGUUGGUCCGACUGGCCCGCCUUUGGUCGCCGAGCAAACCCAUCCUCAGGCGAGCGGUGGGAAAGGCGUGACCGACAAGGAGGUGCCAACUGCUCAGGCGGCGAAUGAUGGUGGCUCCAGAACCACCAAGGGACCGUCCGUCGCGGCGGCGGCCAAGCCUGCUUCUGCUACGGCUGCAAGCACCACCAAGUCGAGUCCCCGUAACCCCCUUGCGGCUACCAGCGCGCCUGCCGGCCAGUCAGGUGCGAACAAAGAUGGGGAGGCCCGUGCGGCCACUCCAGCUCCAGCAGCCCCGUCUGCUGCCAAGGGCGAUGCGAAGGCUGCUUCGGCUAAGGGCGAUGCCGUGGCAUCAGCUAAGGGCCCCCCCGGUGGUACCGCGCUCAGGGAGAUGCUCCGCCGCAUGGAGGCACAUAGCAGGGACGUGCAGCAGCAUCCCGUGGUCGACGCUGGCCUUCCUGGAACAGCACGUCGCUUCGUCACUCCACAGGUUGCCGGCACGUCGUCCGGUGCCCCACCUGCCGCGCCUCCGGUGGCCGCCCCACCGCCUGCGGACCCUAAGUCCGCGUUUCUGCGUGCCCAUUUAGGCGCACGCAAAGCGGCAGCUCCACCGGUGACUCAGCCGGAACUCGGCAAAAGCGCGACGCCGACGUCGGUAAACGCGACCGCACCCACACUAGGUGCAUCUGUGGUCGAUGUGGCGGCGGAGAAGGGAGUGAGUGCUGCGCUAGCCACCGGCGGCCGCGCCGACAAGCAUGCCGACCUCGCUGUCGUCCUGGCCCAUUUUGAGGCAGCAAAACGCCCCGAGCACGCCCCUGCUCUGGCCAUCAUGGACACUGCGCAUGUGGUGCCGUCGGCGACCCACGGAGGGGGUUCAGCGGAGCCGACGGUCGCAACGGGUGGUGCUGUCGCCGAGAGAAAUGCUGGACGGAAGGAAAAGGACGACAACGGGAAAGGGAAGGCGGUCUCUCAGAGAAGCACGCGGGCGAUGUCUGCGGGGAAGUUGAUGUCGGAAGAGAAAGGGAAGAAGGCGGAAGGGAAUCAGGACAAGACGGGCGGCAAGGGUAAGCCGGCGAAGAAGAAGGAGAAGGCGGAGGAGGAGGACGAGGAGGGCGGCGAGGGAGAUAAAGAGCAUGGACGCAGGGGUCAUGGCAUCCGCCGAGACAAGGUUGGCGACGGGCAAGGGUGGGUGGGCGAGAUUAAGGUGAAGGGAAUGAAUUGGUACAUCGGCAAGUCGAGGGAGAAGAUGGAGCUGGCCUACGAGCACGCAAUUGCGUACGUCGUCUACGACGGCUACGUGAGCAAGGUGCUCAUGAAAGAGCUCACCGUACUGAAGCCGGGGGAGUUGGAUAAAUGGAAGGAGGUGUGGGCGGAGGUCAAGUUCUUGCCGACUGGGAUGUGGACGGUGUUGUGGGCAAGAGGCUUGUGCCAUCCGAGAGCACGGUUCGACGACAUACUCGGCAGGUACAGUGGGUACCUGAGUUCGGGUGAGGCGCUUCAUGACGUGCUCUGGCCGGCGAUCUGGUUCCCCAUCAUCGAAAACACGGAGGAAGGCAAGGAAGAGACGGACGCUCUCAUGUCGGCGAUGGUAAAUCGCGUGUCGAUGUGCGCGGCGUAUGGGAAGGUCGCGGCGAGCGCGGCGUUUGGGAAGGUCGAUGCGAGCGUGGAGGGGAAGGCGGACGAGAAGACAGAGAUGGGGGCCCAGGCGUUAGCGGCAUCGGCAUGCGCCAUCUGGUGCUUCAUGGAGACGGGGGCGUCGGUGCUCGGUGCUGUGGGCGAAGGGAAGGCGGCGGCGAUGGUGGCAGGUGCGGGGGAGGCGAGGGCCGAGGACUUCAAGGAGGUGAUGCACGCGGUGAUCGACUUAGCACGCAGUAGGCAGGCUCCCGCGGGGGAGGUUGCACAUAACGUCGCGCCAGCGCUGCAGAGCCAGGCAGUGGCCAGGGCCUUCGCGAAGGGAGUUGAGGAAGUCGAGGCCGACAUGAUCGCAAGAGCGACGGUCGAGACCUUGGCGUUCUGGGGAAUGUGCCCGGUCGCCGGGCCCAAGCUCAAAGAGCAGGGCAUCGAUGUGCCGUGUGACGCGAAGAUGGAGUACGAUAUGGAUCACAGGGGGAGGAAGGGGGAGAAGGUCAAGCAGGGCAAGGGCAGCAAGAGGAAGGAGGGCAAGCAGGGCAAGGGCAGUACGGAUGCGUAG